UAUUUAUUUCGUACAAGUAUUGUAUUACUGACAAGAAUAAUUAAAGGAAUGUUUGAUAUUAUUUACUAACUGAGAGUUGUUUGCAUAAAGAGUAUUAGUAAAAAUAGAGCUGUCUCUCUACAAGUUUUCGCAAAGUGGAAUUUACCCGUUUUACCCAUAUUUAUUAUGAACUUGUCCUCCCAGGAGUGUAUAUGCGCGUUGCUGAGCUAAAUUUGAAGCUGUGUUUGAUCGCCGUCGAGGUUAACACUUCAACAUAAUUGUCAAUAACUGUUUUUGGUAUGCGCAAAAGAAAAAAAAUGACAUAAAUGUUUUAAACAGUGUCAGCAUUUUUUAGUGCUCCGUUCUUACGCAAUUUAGUAAAGGAUUUAGUAGACUAACAGUGUACACUUCUUUGAUUAUUAGUUAAGUUAUAGUUUGUAUUACUAGUUAAAACAAAUAACGGUGAGGCAUUGCACCGCACAUUGUGGACAAGCGAUAAUGGCGAGGACGAAUAAAAUUCUAUAUCUUAUAAUUUUGUCUUUUGUUGUCGUAACAAAGCAAGAAACUGAAUAUGAGAAGAUCAGAAUUGUUAUUCGAUCGAAAGAAAUGCAUUUAAAUAGUUUGAAACAUUCGUUGGAAAAGGAUUUGUUCUUCUUUGAUAGUAAGAUAAAUGACAAUCUUUUCAUCUUCGUAAAGGAUUCAGAGAUACCCAAUAAUCGACUGUUGUCGUCUGACCUAGAAAAACUCCAACGUUCAAACAGACAUAUAGAAAAGCUUGCUCAAAGCUACAUAUUGUAUCCAGAAUCGCUUCUCAAGCCACGAUCUGCUGCAAAUGGCAACCUCAAGCACCAGGCUGAACAAUGGAAUACAUCCAAUACCAUGCUCCUUUGCUCACCCUAUUUUGACCGAGCGCUUGGAAUUGACGACUCGUGGAUUAAACAUAAUGUUAGUGGACGUGGAAUUGUUGUGGGAGUUACAGACGUUGGCAUUAAUGCGAACAACACGUUUAUACGAGGAAACAUAAAUUUUGAUUUGUCCUACAACUUUGUGGAUAACAUCCAACAAACAAGACCUACCAUUUUACCGGAUAUAAGAGAAAGUUCAUCAAGAACAGGUCAUGCGAUUGCGUGUGCCGGACUCAUCGCUCGCCCAAAGACGGGUGAUAAAUGUGUUUCUUGUGGAAUAGGUGUUGCACACGAGGCAAAAGUGGCAGAUUUGCAAAUUUCAAAGAUCGGAGAAAGAACUUCGAUGACUCAAGGGAUAGACUCUGCUAUUAGUUCAAAGGCGUUAGCUUAUAGACGCGACGCUAUUCAGAUCUUCUCAAAUAGUUGGGCUACACCAAGAGCGUUCAGGAAAUCAGACUUUUAUGAAGAGGAGGUUUUGACUGAAGGAAUUAGAGAAGGUCGGCACGGUCUUGGUACGGUAUACGUUUUUCCUGCCGGACAACCUGGAUCUGGUUUGGCCAAUCAUAAUGGGAGCAUUGCCGUUGCCUGUUUAGGUGUCAAUGGUUCCAUCGCUGAUGUUAGCAAAGUCAAUGCUGCGGCACUCGUGUCCGUGUUUUGCAACGGUAGAAAAAGAAAGGAUGAAAGAAUGAUAACAGUUGGACAAGACGAGAAAAGGUGUGCCACAAGCUUCGGUGAUGAAUCUGUUGCAACUGCAAUUGUUUCUGGAAUGAUUGCUCUUCUGUUGGAGGCAAACCCUGGUUUAUCAGCCAGAGACGUGACGCAUAUAUUAAUUGAAUCAAGCAGCCAUCUAGGGAUAGAAGCAACACCGGAAUUUAUGCCUAACACAGCUGGAAAAUAUUAUCAUCCUAAUGUGGGAUUCGGCCUGCCUGACUGUACCACGAUGAUUGCACUGGGAAGACACUGGAAACAAUUAAAACCACUGUGUAGAAGAACACUUACGUUUUCAAAAGACGAUUAUCACGAAAAAGACCAGGAUUGGUACGUUCGAGUAUUGUACGACAAUACAUUCUGUGAUACAGCGGCGUGUAUAGAGAAGAUGGAAGAAGUUUUGGUUGAAAUUGAGUUCGUAUAUUCAGAACAGCAUUACAUGAAACUGUGGGCUAAAUCGCCUAGUGGGACUGAAUCAGCUUUAGCAGAAAUGAAACCUUCCGGAAAUACUGAUAAAAAGAGGCGUGUCCGAAAUACAUUCAGGUCCAACCACUUCUGGGGAGAGAAGAGUGAAGGUCGCUGGCAUAUUUACAUUGGUUGCAAUUUUUCAGCGGCCUACCCUUUUCCAGCCGAGGAAUGUCAUGUCGCUAACGCACGUUUAGUUAUACAUGGUACGAUGGAGAUUGAUAAUCAACAGCAACAUUGCACUGCGGAUACAAUUCAAGAGCAUGAUGGCGACCACAACACAUCGUCUUCAGAUACCUCAGAUGGAAAAUAUAUUAAAAACAAUAAUAUUAUCAUAAACAAUAACAUCUUGUUAUAUUCAGGGAUUGUUUUGGGGUGCGCAGCUGUCGUUAUUGUGAUUUCAAUUGUAUUUGUAUUUUUUUAUGUCCGUAUUCCAACCCGAAUCAUGCCACUUAUCUUCCUGGUUUUAAUCAAGGUUUAACUUAAUUUAACUAAAAAAGCGGGUUUUUUUUGCCCACUAAACUUAAGUUUUUUUGUGGGCUAAAAGUGAGCAAAAGGCGAGUUUCUUUCCUAAAACCCCCACUUUUAUCAACUAAGCGAGUUUUUUACCCACUAAAACACACUUACCAAUAACUUAAUUUUUUGUGGGCUAAAAGUGAGCAAAACAUGAGUUUUAAUACAAGUCAUAAAAACCCACUUUAUUUUUUAGAAGCGAGUUUUAAAACCCACUUUUACCCUUUCCUUUAAAGCGAGUUUAAAAACUCACUUUUACCCACUACAUGUGAAAGUGAGCAAAAAGAGAGCAAAAGUAGUUUUUAGAAAUUAAAACCCCAUACUUUUCUUAAAUAAGCGGAUUUUUAUGAAUAAGUUGGUUUUGUUGGCUUAAAGCGAGUCUUUAAAUUUUGACUGAAAAAAUAUAUUGGCUGUGCAAAAAACACACACAAAAAGUAAUGCCUUCUUGAAAUAAUUACUAUAAUUUUUAAGCAGUUAAUACAGAAAAAAUGUACAUAUUAUAUGAAGUCAUUUGUGAUAUUUUAUACUAGCACUUAAUACCAAUAUUUACAUAUUAUAUAGCAUACAAUAAAAAUAUCAUUUAACCAAAAACUCAUUCAAAUAAAUAUUAUUUUUUUUAAAGUUGAACAGAGAUACAGUGAUGUAUAAAAAAUAAAGUAGAAGUAAGUAUAUUUACUUUAAAAAAAAUAUGGCAGAUUGUGAAAUGAUAAAAAUGAUAUGUUAACAUGCAAUUAUUACAGCAGUCCCUUUUAAAUAUAGUUUGAACAAAUUUACACAAAGCAUCAUGUCUCUCAAAAGCAUGGUCUUAUUUGACAUGGCCCUAAGCCUGCACAGGGCUGCACGUAUCUUUUCUUUUUCCAUGGCAACUGGGGUGCUGAACAUUUUUGAGAUGACAUCUGAAAUGACAUUUUUUUGAAAAAUGCUCAUAAAUGAAUUAUUAACAAGAGAUGUUUGUCAAAUAUUACCCCUCCCCCCUCUGUAUUUGCAGAUAAACAUGUAUCCUCUUAGCAGCAGGGAAUAAGUAAAUAUGCCAUAAAUUUUACUGACCUUUAUGAGUUGUGACCUUGACCUUUGACCACAAAAUCCAUAGGGGUCACCUUCAGGUCAACACAUACCUAAAUGUCAAGUUUGAGGACCAUGGGUGCAGGCAUUGUCCAUUUAGCACACAUACAAUAUUUUUUGUUUUAAAGGUCACUUUGACCUUGAUCUUUGAUGCCAUGAACCCUAAAAUCAAUAGGGGUCAUCUACUGGUCAGGCCCAACCUUCAUGUCAAGUUCGAUAACCAUAGGUCAAGGAAUUGUUGAGUUUGCAUUCAAGGUCACUGUGACCUUGACCUUUGAUCCCCAAAAUCAAUAGGGUUCAUCUAUUGGACAGGCCCAACCUCAAAGUCAAGUUAAAGGGCCAUGCAUUGCCAAGUUAUCACUCAGAUAACCUUUUAGCACUCAAGGUCACUGUGACUUUGACCUGAUGACCCCUAAAAACAAAAGGGGUCAUCUACUGGUCAGGACAAGCCUCCAUGUCAAUUUUAAUGACCAGAUGUCCAAGCAUUGUUGAGUUAUCACUCGACAAGCUUUGACAACCUUUUCUCGUAAAAAAUCAUUGUGACCUUGACCUUUGACCCGAUGAGCCCUAAAAUCAAUAGGGAUUAUUUACUGGUCAGGCCCAACCUCAAGUUUGAGGACCAGAGGUCCAGUUUUGUCAAGUUAUCACUCGGACAAGCUUUGGUCUUCCGAUGGACCUACCGACUGACAUGUGCAAAGCAAUAAAGCCCUGUUCUUCGAAGGGGGGGGGGCUAAUUACUUAUCAUUCUGUCUGUGAUUUUCUAGGCCACAAGGCAUUGCACAUAUUGUCUCUAGCAACAUAUGUACCUUAACAGCUGUCAUUAAAAACACCAAAGCUAUGACAAUCACUUGCCUUUUCCUACAAGAGCUAUCACUGGAUGUGAAUUAUACCCCCACACACUCAAGUGUCUAUAAUUAUGUUCUGAUUAUCAGAUAGAACAUUUAAAGAAAUCAAAUGGAAGGAGAUUCACUGAAGGUAAUCUUGUUAAAAAUGUCGAUAUUUUUGAGACAUGAGGAAAAUUGGAAAAUAUUGGUACUGUCAUGUAACAAACUAUUAAUCAUGCUUAUAUAGCAAAUUGCAUGUAGUUCAAAAGGUUGCUGUGACCUUGACCUUCAAUGAAGGGGCAAGGUCUGUUGUGAAACACAUCCUACAGUUUAUGCCAGAUUUCUGGAUUUUGGUCAGUUUUCGAAGCCCCACUUAACAGCUUUGUGUUUCUUAUGCAUGCAAUUGAGAAGGCCAAUUUCUGUCAGCAGGGGCCCAUUAAUCAUUUUGAGCUGAUCAAUCUUGCAGCAAGAACAUUUUGAUCAGAUAACAUCUUUAGUAUGAGCGCUAAAUAAAUGUUUACCUAGAUCUAAGAAAUCUUAAAGACAUGAUCACUGGAAAAUGCAGUUUUAAUCAUUUAUUUCAUUAAAAACAUUUAGGAAAUAAAACAUGUAACCAUAAUCAUUGAUUUUAUAGAAGAAAAGAAACAUUGAAGUACAUAAAAGAAAUUUAUUCAGUAGUAUAGUUUGUUCUGCCAUUCAAUUUCCAAUAGAAUAACACUAAAAAUCGGAUUCUUAUUGAUACUCAUAUUCAUUAAAAACAAUCCAUGUUUUAUCAAAUGUUUAACUUCUAUAAUUGAUACCUGUGUAAAUCAUGCAGUUAUAACAUAGUUUGUUACAUGAAAAUAAUUAAUUCUUUCUUUUGCUGAUUUUUUUCUGAAUAAGACAUGCUUUCUGUAACCGCCUUUUUCACUUAAACGUUAAAUAACGCGUAAUUUAACAUACGUUCACAGUAAUAUCAUCCGAAUGCCAACAAUCUCUUUAUUUGUCGAUCAUAAUUAUGAAGUCCUUAGUUUGUAUACACAGAAGUCAUGACUUUGGUUGAGGCUCAUAUGUUUUCCUGUGAAAUAAAUUUGAAUGAAUUAUAAAACUGUAAUAAAACAAU